GCAAAGCGAUUAGGAUUAAUCACCCCCAACCGCAUGCCGUAAUCGCCCUGGCCUUCAUGUUAUUGUUAUCCUCUAAUCUAAUCCCCCCUCCAUAAUCAGUGGCCCCAACCCAACCAGGAUUCUCCCCGGGAAACGGUUAUAUAUACCGGCCGGCGCCCACCAGCCAACCCCGCAGCGAAGAGCACCGAGCAGCUAGCCUCCCCAGUCGAUUACAUUGAGAUACCCCACCGUUCCUCCUCACAGAUCCUCGCCGGCGAGGGAGAAGAAGAGAGGAGGAGGAGAAGAUGGUGGGACUCCUGCCGGUGACCAAUGCCGCGGCGGAGACCGACGUGCUCCUCGACGCCUGGGACUUCAAGGGCCGCCCCGCCCCACGCGCCUCCACCGGACGCUGGGGCGCCGCCGCCAUGAUCCUAGUGGCGGAGCUGAACGAGCGGCUGACGACGCUGGGCAUCGCGGUGAACCUGGUGACGUACCUGACGGCGACGAUGCACCUGGGCAACGCGGAGUCGGCCAACGUCGUCACCAACUUCAUGGGCACCUCCUUCAUGCUCUGCCUCCUCGGCGGCUUCGUCGCCGACUCCUUCCUCGGCCGCUACCUCACCAUCGCCAUCUUCACCGCCGUCCAGGCGUCGGGGGUGACGAUCCUGACGAUCUCGACGGCGGCGCCGGGGCUCCGCCCGGCGACGUGCCCGUCCAACGACGCGUCGUGCUCGCGCGCGACGGGGCCGCAGCUGGGCGUCCUCUACAUAGCCCUCUACCUGACGGCGCUAGGCACGGGGGGUCUCAAGUCCAGCGUCUCCGGCUUCGGCUCCGACCAGUUCGACGAGACGGACCGCGGCGAGAAGAACCAGAUGAUGCGCUUCUUCAACUGGUUCUUCUUCUUCAUCUCGCUCGGCUCGCUGCUCGCCGUCACCGUCCUCGUCUACGUCCAGGACAACCUCGGCAGGCCCUGGGGCUACGGCGCCUGCGCCGCCUCCAUCGCCGCCGGGCUCGUCAUCUUCCUCGCCGGGACGAGGAGGUACCGGUUCAAGAAGCUGGCGGGGAGCCCGCUCACGCAAAUCGCCGCCGUCGUCGUCGCCGCCUGGCGCAAGCGCCACCUCGAGCUCCCCGCCGACCCCGACAUGCUCUACGACAUCGACGUCGGCAAGGUCGCCGCCGCCGAGGAGGGGUCCACCAAGAAGAGCAAGCGCAAGGAGAAACUCCCCCACACCGACCAGUUCCGGUUCCUUGACCACGCGGCGAUCAACGAGGACCCGGCGGCGGAGCCGAGCAAGUGGCGCCUGGCGACGCGGACGGACGUGGAGGAGGUGAAGACGGUGGUGCGGAUGCUCCCCAUCUGGGCGACGACCAUCAUGUUCUGGACGGUGUACGCGCAGAUGACCACCUUCUCGGUGUCCCAGGCGACCACCAUGGACCGCCGCAUCGGCCCGUCCUUCCAGAUCCCGGCGGGCUCCCUCACCGUCUUCUUCGUCGGCUCCAUCCUCCUCACCGUCCCCAUCUACGACCGCAUCGUGGUGCCCGUGGCGCGCCGCCUCAACGGCAACCCGCACGGGCUCACCCCGCUGCAGCGCAUCGGCGUGGGGCUCGUGCUCUCCGUCAUCGCCAUGGCCGGCGCCGCGGCCACCGAGAUCCGCCGCCUCCGCGUGGCCCGCGACGCCGCGGUCCCCGCCGGCGGCGUCGUGCCCAUGUCCGUGUUCUGGCUCAUCCCGCAGUUCUUCCUCGUCGGCGCCGGCGAGGCCUUCACCUACAUCGGCCAGCUCGACUUCUUCCUCCGCGAGUGCCCCAAGGGGAUGAAGACCAUGAGCACGGGCCUCUUCCUCAGCACCCUCUCGCUGGGGUUCUUCGUCAGCUCGGCGCUCGUCACCUGCGUGCACAAGGUGACCGGCGACCGCCACGCCUGGAUCGCCGACGACCUCAACAAGGGCAGGCUCGACAACUUCUACUGGCUGCUCGCCGUCAUCUGCCUCGUCAACCUGCUCGUCUACCUCGUCGCCGCCAGGUGGUACAAGUACAAGGCCGGCCGCCCCGGCGCCGACGGCAGCAUCAACGCCGACGAGCCCAUGCUCCACUGAUCGACGGGGACGCGACGGGGCCCACAUAUAUCCGGGCCGUCCGUCGGCCGCCGAUCCAACGGCGCCGAUUGCUCCGACGUGUGUUGCGCUAAGAGGUGGUCGUGUCAUUCGGCCAUGUAUACCUACAUGCACGUGUGUAUCUAUUAAGUACAAAGUACGCAGCAGCCAGCGAGUGGCGCUACGCGUACGGCGUAUAGUAUAAAGUAAUAAUUUUUUUCUUAGGAUGGGGGGGGGGGGGUGAUUGUAAAACCGCAAGGUGGUGGGGACUGGGUGUCAGUGGCUCAGUGUUGCUGCAUUUUGCAAGGGGGGAGGGAGGGGGUGACUGGUGAGUGUGUCGCGGUGGAAAGAAAGAAAGAAAAAAAACCUCCACUGCAUUGUUUAAAAUCAUGCAAAAGAGAGGGUGAAAAAAAAUGAAGGAUGUGUGGUUUUUCGUUGAUUGGCCUACAAAAUUUGAAAUGCUAUUGCGAUGACAAGUUUUCUUGUGCCU